AUGGGGACGUCGGCGCUGGAGAUGUUGGGGUUGAACUCGACGGCGCCGCCGGAGGGAAGCCCCCCGGUGAGGCCGGGGAAGGAGCAGCAGGAGGCAGGGCUGGGGAUCCUUCUGCAGAUCAUGAUGCUGGUUCUUUCCUUCGUCCUAGGGCACGUCCUCCGACGACACAGGUUUUACUACGUACCCGAGGCCAGCGCCUCUCUCCUCAUCGGUGAGGGUCGAAGCUUGUUUGGAUGUCACUUUCUAAUUUCACUCGUGUAGUUGUAAGCUCGGCGAGUGGUCGGACACGGGAAUAAGGCAUGGUAGCGGCUCACUUGGGAAAUGGGCCUUCUAAGACCUUGUUUUCUUGGAAAAUUGACUGAGGAUCAAUGCGUAGUCAAACGCUUGGUUAAUGCAUGCAACAACCAAGUUGCUUUUCUUUGUUUAUCAAUAGUAUUUGGAACCUAAAAUGCGACCGAAUUUCGUCUUUUUUUCUUUUAGAGUUGACAUUGAAGAAUCUCUUCCAGUCUUGUCCAUCGCUAUUAGAUUUCACUAAUCCUUGAAUUUUUCUGAUCAACUCGCAAAUGUAGGAACCCCUCACACCUUACCUAACCUUCCCAUCGACCGAGAUUAGAAAAACUCCAAACAAGUAAAAUAACGAAAGGAAACAAAUAUUUCUUGAAAUAUUUGCGAAGAAGUUAAUAGUUCCUACUAAAUGCUGAAUUCUGUCGGGAAUAUAGAUGAAUAGUUAGAUAAACUAGUUCACGUUUGUUACAGUUGGUAUCUCGAUUUUUUUAAUAAACAAUUUAGAUACUUUUUUAGUUUAUUCCAUUAUAGAAUUGCGUUACUAUUUACUUACAUAUGCAAAGUACCAGCGAUCCAAUUCGAAUGUAUCCCAUGCAGUCAUUAUCUCAACAUUAUCUAAACUGCGCUCAAAAGUCCAUGACAGGGCAUUAUUUUUACCUUUAUCAGGUUUAAUUGUGGGUAUGCUAGCUAACGUAUCAAACACGGAGACCAGCUUUAGGUUGGAUUCAUCUUCCCACUUGUGUGAGUUCCAUUUAUGUAGAUUGGAUCACAGUGUUUCUCAUAAUCUUCACGUUUUUUUUGACAGGACCUGGUUCAAUUUCCACGAAGAGUUUUUCUUCUUGUUCCUGUUGCCACCAAUUAUAUUAUAUCCAAACGAUAACAAUUCUUUUUCUUUUUCAGAUAUAACUAUUACAUCAUGUUCUAAGAUCAUUCAUAAAUUUAAACUUUUGAUGUUUUCUUAUUAAUACCCAUCGUUUAACCUUGACUUUAGCUUACCCAGUCUGGUUUCAGCUUAUCACCUGUAAGUUUUUUUACACAACGUGUAUUUUUUUCUUCUUUCUAUCUUUACAUAUGUCUAAUUCCAUUUAUACUAUCUUAUUAUUAGAAACCCUUUUUUUCGAACUUUGGAGCCAUCAUCACAUUCGCUAUUUUGGGCACAUUUAUUGCUUCAAUUGUCACUGGUGUAUUAGUGUAAGCCUGCGUUCCCCAUAUUCGUAUAAUUUCCCUUUUGUCAUCGAAUCUGAUUUUUUUUUUUUCUGAAUUACUUUGGAUGGGAAUUUUCUGUGUUGCAGUUAUCUUGGCGGUCUGGCCUUCCUCAUGUAUAGAUUGCCUCUGGUCGAGUGUCUGAUGUUCGGUUCUCUGAUCUCAGCAACUGAUCCUGUCACAGUAUUAUCCAUAUUUCAGGUUCGUCAUUAUUUCAGUAGGUGUACUAAUCGUAGAUCUUUAGAAGCUUACCAUAACAUCAGUUCCCUCAGGAUGCACCUAAGAUAUUGUAUCAUUCUUUAUAUUUUAACCAUGUAUACAGAAUCUCUCAGCAAUAAUAUACCUACAGUACAUGGAGAACUGCAAGAAUUUGCUCUUACCGUUUAUGUGGCUGAUAUGUGGCUGUGGGAGUCUUUUAUUUCAAUUUAUCACAUAUCAGUUCAACUCUGUAUGGGAAUCCAAUCUGAAAGCGAUGGAACUGAAGAUAUUAGAAAACAGGAACUUUGGACUAGAGAGAAUAGAGAGGCUGAAAAGCUUACAGAUAAACAAGUCUGCUUCCACAUUAGGCUAACAGGAAGAACCUAUGAGUAAAAUGCAAUGGUUUCACUAUAAAGCUACUUUUACAUUGUUUCAAUUCACUCAUUUAAAUACUUUAAUUCAUGAUUGAGGACUCUAAAAGAUAGUAGUAGCCAGCCCAUAGAAUAUUUAAUUCGUGAUUCGUUGGGAGUAUUCUUAGCACGCACUGUGGCAGCCGUUCUCUAUUUUAGAACGAAAAAUGCUUAUCUGGAACAUAACGAGAUGGAAGAUUAGUUAUGCUAACCAAGAAAAAUCAUUAUUCGUACAAAUUAAGGCAUUAUUUAACUCAUUCAGAAUGACAUUUAUUCAACCGAGUUCUGCCGGGUUGUCCUGCAUUUUUCUUCUUGCUCUUUAAGGAAAUUCUCUUCUUAUUAAGUUGUGGGCAUCAGGGUGUAAACUGAGGGUAAGUCUAUUGUUCAUACGUGGAAUUUUCCAUUGCAUUCCAGUUAUAUUUUUCAUUUUGAAUUUGGUUCAUGCAUGAUAAGAACCAAAUACUACGAACUAUUUUGAAGAAUAGAAUUCUUAGGUUCUAUUGUAAGAAGACUGAAAAAUUUGAUCGUCUUAUUGAUUAUUCUACAUUAGUGCUGCGCGGAUACAAUCAUCUUUUAAUCAUUUUUAAAAUAUUUUAUUUUCUAAACUUUAUGCAUGAAAUGACAAUCUAACAUCCACGUUCUUGUGAGCACUGUGUAUGUAGGUUUUUCGCAUAAUGUGUCAGGAUAUAUUAUUUGAAGAACUUUUCAAUAGAUAAGCUAUCUUUUUUUGGUGUUGUACAUCCAGCUGUUCUCUAACAACUAAAUAACUAAUUUGUAUCGCAUUCCAUGUGCAAUUUCAAUAUCUUGAUAUCAUGUGUAAAUUAGGUUAUCAUUGUUCCUAUAAUCAUUGAGUGUUAACAUAGUUACUCAAUGAAGUACCUCUGGUAGAAAGGUGCUUCUUCCUUACCAGAUGGAUAACAAAUCCAUGUCUUCUAAGGGAUAGUCUCAAAUUUGAAGGUUUAAGGAAUACACGAUAUAACUUUUAGUGUGACUCAGUUCUGAACGAUUAGUAUCCACCUUUUUAGUUUUUUAUUCUUAAAAACGAGAGGUGGACCCUUUUCUACGAUUCUUGAGAACUAGGUCUCAUAGUUUGGAUCUUUAUUUCCAUUGAACUUUCGGUUGAUGAGAGGCAGCCUUUUGGAAUUCUCAAGAAAUAACGUAUAACAUAUGAUCCAAUUUUGAAAUCUUUAUUGACAUAAAAUGCUUCAGUGCUCCCUGAAAAAAAAUAGGCUUUAGAAAUUGAUACUUUGUUAUAUGUUACUUGGUGUCUGUUGUUGCUUCUUCCUCACUGGCAAAUCAAAGAGAAAAGUGUCCUUUCCACAGAGUACCCAUCUUCUCUUAUUUGUAGCACAUGAAUGUAAUUUACGUCUGUUGUCUCUUUUCCUCUGAUCAAAAGGCGUUGUCUUUAUGGCUUGAAAAUGUUGUUGUUUGAAAAUCCAAUCACUGUCACUUUUGAUGGAUUAAAGAUUGAAGAAUGUGUUGCAAUUGCAAGUCGUUUAUUUGGCAAGGGUUUUUAGAAUAAAGGUGGUAUAAGUCAUUGAUGUCCUGACUUUGUAGAAGAUGGAUGAAUUUUUGAGCAGCAAUUUAGCCUACCACCCUAACUAUGAAUUAAUUUGGAUUCGUAUAAUUUAAUCAUUUUCCACAUUUCUCCCCUGUGGGGAAUUACAUCUUCUUGUUUUGAACCUUUUCUUGUACUGUUGAGAAAAAUGGUUGUUUUGAACUUUCAUGAUAAUUUUCAGCUGUCCUUUGCAGGAGCUUGGCACUGAUGUGAACCUUUAUGCGUUAGUCUUUGGUGAAUCUGUUUUAAAUGAUGCAGUACGUAUAUCUCAGUCUCAGAAAUUUGUAUUCAUUAUUGGUCUUAGCUGAUGUUGUUUAUUACUUCAUUUUCUGUUCUAAACUGGUGAAAACCUUGAAGAUGGCAAUUUCUCUAUACAGGUUUGAUCCAGGAGCUUGAAGUUUCUCUCAUUCGUUGUCCAUGUUUGGUUCACAUUUGGUCCUCAUGUUCUUCCUUGUCUAUUUUUUAGAACGAUGGCGUUGGUUAGAAGCCAUGCUUCAUCUGGACACAACUUCCUUGGCAUUAUCCUGAAAUUUCUCGAGACAUUCUUGGGAUCUAUGGGUUCAGGUUAUUCUAGAUUUACACUCCAUUAUUUCUCCGCUAGACAUCAGUUUUCAUACUGCUUCUUAUUUCUUGUUAUAUGCUUUGAAGUGAUAAGUGAUAAAAUUGAGUCAGGUUUGAACGUGUUUAUAGAGCCAUCAUUGAUUUGGACAUAUUUUGCAACAUCAUGUUAUUUUGUCAGCUUCUGUUUUAGGGAUCGUAUGCUCCUUUAUAUUUGGAUCUUCCUCAUUAACUGCAGCCAGAGUCGAUUCUAUUCCUUUGAUUUACUUUUAUUGUCUGCCUCUAAGUAAUGCCUGUGAGAAGAUAUGAAAUAAUAAGUUAGAUAGCUUUUUAUUCAACUAUUUUUUGAAAAACGGAUACGUUAAUAUACUUUCCAUACAACAAGGACACAAGUAAAACUUUUAUGAAGUUUUACUGUAAAUUAAUUUUACUUUUUUAUGAAUAUUUUUGGUGUUGUUCACUGUCUAUGAAGCUAUUUUAGAAUCCCUGCACUUUUAUAAAAUUUUGGAUUUUUUCUAAUUUUUUUAAUUUUAUUUUUUAGUAUUUUAUAUAAAUUCAUAAUUCCGAUGAGAUAUGUUAUUCUUGCAAUUAUUGAGCCCAAUGCGGUGGACUGUUUGGCAGUGAGUCGUUUGUACUUUGUUCACAGAGUUUGGCUGGUGUUAGGCUUUCUCAACAAAAAAAUAGUUUCUAGCUCUGAACCUUUUUACUUUCGGGCCACCACCUAUAUUUGGCCUGCAGCGGGGACUUUUAAUUGGUGGGGUGUUUAUUGAAGUGGGCUAGAUAUGGUGGUGGCACCUGUAGAUUUCUAGUAAAUUUGUAAUGCAGGGAGUGUUGACACAGUGGACCUAGAGGAAAAACAGUCGCUUGGGAAUGCACAAAAAUCAGAAUAUUCAUUUCAUUGAAUAACACUCUUAUGGAAUAUUGUUGGAUAGAGCAAUGCUGACAGAAUGCUGGAAUGGCAGGGCUAAUGGGGUAGACCAAAGUUAUCGGUGGUCUACAACAUGCCAAAGACGUUGGAGUAGAGCAAAUGGGGUAGAGCAGAGACAGUUUGGAGUUUUGUUUCCUUCUCUCUUCCCUUCUAUUGUUCGAAGUCAUAUAAAACCUUAGGUUUCUUAGUUUGUUUCACUGCUCUUCUCUCCCUAGGUUCAUCUACUUUCAAAGUCCAUGAAUUUUAGUUAUCAUGACCUGGUUACUCAUCUGUAUCCUUAUCCAUUGCGGAGUCUCGUCAAUAGUUUUAUGAGGUCACUAGCGUCUCCCCCCAGCCGCUGGAGAGAACAUCAAUGUCGUUGGAGGCCACUGACGGGUGCCCCUAGGGGUCUCUUGCUGCACCUGCAGGUGGGAUAUGUUUUUGCCGCAGUUAGCUGGAAGCAAUAAAGUUCGAGUAUGUAAAUGAACAGAGGAAAAAGGAAAGGAAAGAGGAAAUAAAAGUAUACAAGGUUGUAAUAAGUUAUAAAUUAGUGUUCAGACUGAAGCCACAGUGCGUGGAAAGUUUUAAUAUAUUUGUAAUUUCCUUUUUUGUGUAUGUUUCCGGGAAUCUCCCUUAGUUUGGUCAGGAUUUUAUUAGUCCUACAGUUAUUUAUGCAAAAUCUGCAGGUUUUUUCACUAGUCGUAUGGUACUUAUUGGUAAAGUAUUUUCUUGUUGUCUUGUUUUAAUGUUUCUCUCUAGUGAUAUAAACAAAAUAAUGACGGAAUCUAGAUUAAAAAGAUAAGUGAAAUUAUCAUGAUUUCAAAAUAUUCAAAGCCUACUGCACAGAUCCUGCAUAUAGUAAAUAUUUAUUGAUUCACUAUGGUACUCCAAUUUUGCACCACUAUUGAUUUGCCUGUGUCACCGAUUCAAGCGAAUUCUGAAUCCCUCCAAUUUCUGCUGAAAAUUUAAAUGAUACUUCUUACAAUAGUUCUUCUCAGAAAUUGUCUUCUACUUGCACUUGUCGUAAUUAUUUUUAAUAAAUUUUCUGACAUUCAUAUAUCCGUUUUCAGGGAUCGGAGUUGGAUUCGUUUCUUCACUAAUAUCCUUUCGUUCAGCAUUGUUUAACGCAUGAAAGAUUACUUCCUUGUUGACAUCCUAUGAGGCUGUAGAUUCUGUAAGCUUCUUGAUGUUUGAAACGAAAAAAAGGUGUAAAGGUGACGACAUGAUAUGCAACGAGAUAACCAGAGAUUGCAAGGAUUGUUUCGAGGUUUUUUUGAUUUUGAUUUGAUUUGGGGCUGUGUGCCUCGCCGGCUGAAACCUGAUAAAAUAUUUUAAGGUGUAAUUUUUGCCAAAACAAUGCCAAAGCUUGUUUCAAUCCUUGGCCAAUCCAACUGAUAUGGAUUCCUCUCACUAUCACCUUUGGCCAUUACUUGACUAGCUAAACCGUUGUCCUUCACUUCCUGACAUUCAUUGAGGCAUUUAGGAGAACAUUGAAUUUUCAUUUUGUGUGUGCGUGAUCUUGCAAGGUGAUCUCAAUCCGAAUGUUAGAUCAGUGGAAACCAAACCCGAUUCAGGAUUGCAACUAGUAUCUGCGAGAUUGGCUAGGGUGCCUGGGACAGUUGAGUUGUGAAAACUGAUAGUUCAGCCAUCUUAAUACAAAUUUUGUUGGAAAAUGGUUUCAGUCUGUGUUAAUGACCAUAUGUUUCAUUGAAUAUAUGCUUGCUUGAACCUGGUAUCCAAAAGGGAUUUAUUAUGAUGAGGAAUAUCACGAGUAAGUUGCCAUGACAUCAAUAAAAAGGCAAUAGAAAGGACAAGUUACAGGAAAUCACCUUAAGUGGUUGGUGUUCGAAUGAAUCAUUUGUACAUAUCUCAGCAUUUUUUUUAGGUUUACAAUACCGAUACAGGAAUAAAUGUCUUGAUUUGUAGAUCGGUUUUCUUAGUUCUUUUAAAUUGCUUGCACGUGAUGUGAGAAUACCCUCUAAAGCUCAUAUAAUAGAUUAGGAUGGUAUCAAGCUGGUAGUUCAGUUGUGAUCACAAGUUGUCACGACUUGAUAUUCUAAUCUCUUUGUUUUGUUAUUCAACAAUGGAAUCUACUUUCUUUGUCCAAGAAGGGCAUGAUCCAGUAAUGACUGGUGGAUUCAAAGUAACUUGUGUCAAACCUCAACAUUUUGCCUAGUAUCUAUCUGCAAUUGGUCUUGCAAGUUAGUCGGAUUGAUCCCUCUUAAUUGCCAUGCCUGUGAACUCUCUUGCUCAAGACUUGGAGAUACACUUAAUGCAACUUGCAUAUAUACCUUUAGUUCGCAAACUGAUUUGAUCCUGAAGAUGAUUGGAAUAAAUUCCACUAGCCAUUAUAGAUAACCGAGCUGUAAAAUGUUGACGAUGCUGUAGUCGACUGUUACCUUUCAUUUCGUAUGAAUCUUACAGUCUGUUGAUAUUUACUUUCUUGUUUAUUAGUUCUGGUGUAGAAUAGUUUGGAAUUCCUUAACUUCAAGGCACCUCUUCAAGUAUGCGGGGUUGGACGUUGACAAGUAUGCCUUAACGUUCUCUAUCAUAAAAAAUAUACACUUUCAAUCUUUGGGAACUCUCUGAAAUUCCUGUUAUUUGUCUGUUUCCAGUUUGCAGAAUUUGGAGUGCUGCCUCUUUGUUCUUUUUCCAUACUUUUCGUAAGUAAAUUAUGGAUCAAUUUUCACUUAGUUUGCUAAAUUUAAAUUCUUAAUCCCCUUCAACAUUUUAUUCCAUCUAGGUACAUGCUUGCUGAGGGUUCUGGCCUUUCGGGUAUUGUAUCAAUAUUAUUCACGGGGAUUGUAAGUGUAAUGUUAAGGCCUUGAAUUUAUACUGUAAUUACCUUGGUUAGUUGUAUUAAAUCAUAUCUCACUUUAUUUUUAUUUUUCUCCUAGGUAAUGAAGCGUUAUACAUCCACAAAUUUGUCAGAAAAGUCCCAACAUUUUGCCACUGGUUUUUUUCAUUUGAUAUCUUCAUUAGCUGAAACAUUUGUGUAAGCUUACUGACUUAUUAUUGGAGUUGUGGAUCUUAUGGACAAUAAUAUCUAUCUAAUGCUUAUCCUUACAAAAUUCCUUUUGCCCGCAGGUUCAUAUACAUGGGUUUCGAUAUUGCUAUGGAAGAUCAUAGUUGGUCGCAUGUCGGCUUCAUCUUAUUCUCAAUUGUAUCCUUAUAAUGUAAAAAAUGAAAUUUAUUUCUGAAUUUAAGUGAUUAUUCUUGUGUUCCUUGACCCUACGAUUUUUGGGGAUCGGCCAGCUGUUUAUAGGAAUUGCAAGGUCUGCAUUCUUCAUCAUUGUCAGGAUAAUUCAAUUUUUCAGAAGCGUACCUAGGACUUGAAAUUUUUACGACAGUCUUUCUGUUUCCUUUUCCGGUCUCCAAUUAAUCCUAAUGUUUAACCUUGGUCUUUAGCUUUAAGUCACAGAAUGCCCGUUCAUUUUUCCUAAAUGAGAAGUUUUUACUUUCUCUUUCCCAUUUUUCAUGCCCAUUCCUUUAUCAACUGCAGUUGUUCUUACCAUAGAAUGAAAAACAUGCUCUAAAAUUUAAUAAUUCAUUUUAUUUUCUGGUUUUCUUUUGAGAAUUGUAUUCUAAAUAAUCUCAUUGUGGUUUUUAAUUUGAAGGGCUGCGAAUGUUUUCUCCUGUGCUUAUAUUGUCAACAUGGUCCGGCCUGCAAACCGCAGAAUACCCAUACAGCAUCAAAAGGCCCUAUGGUACAGUGGUCAGUAUAAGAUUCCGUUCUCAGGAUGACAUCUCUUUUGAUUGUUUAUUAAUGAGUGCUGCCGCCCUUUUUAAAACAGGGCUUAGAGGAGCCAUGGCUUUUGCCCUUGCCUUGCAGUCAGCACAUGAUCUUCCAGAGGGGCAUGGUCAGACGAUAUUCACAGCUACCACUGCCAUUGUUGUCUUGACGGUAAGUGUUCUCUGACCAAUCCGUCUAUGUCCCUUGCCCCUUGCCCCUUGUCCCCUUUCCCUAUUCUUUGGUUUCCAUAUUUAAAGACUAUCAUCUCUAUUUAAAAACUGUGUUGUUCCAGGGGAAUAUCUCCAUACCCAUACAAAGAAUAUGAAAAUUGCUUAUUUAUCAUUUAUUUAAUCCUACGUUAAAUAAUAUCGAAUCAAAAUAAUGUAAUUUUGAAACUUUCUUAUAGGUUAAUGAUCAUAGUCUAUCGAUUCAUAUUAAAAUUCUUUUUCCAUUUAAUAAACACUUGCUUAUUCUUUCGUCAUAUUUUUUGGGUUUUUUGAAAAUUUUUAAUGUUAUUUUUAUGUGCAUGUUGGAGGUAAAAUUUUAAUUUUUUUCAUGCCAGUAGCUAACUUAUAGUCUGUUUAUUGAGACCCACAUUUAUUAAAUCUGUUUGUAAAUCAACUACUUAUUCUCUAUUUUUAUACCACCUGAUUCUCGCAUUCAUUACAAUCUCCUGUUUAGCGGUCAUCAAAUGGUCUCUAGGAUCCAUCUUUUUGUUGUUAAUACGUGUUUUUCUUUUAUGAAGUUCUUAUGGAUCCCUUACACUGAUAUUUAUCUGUGAUUGUAAUAAAUUUACAGCUUUUCUGAAUCACUUGUAGGCCACGUCCCAAUAGCCCUGUCUGAGACCUACUUAUUUCGCUUUCCUUUUAGUGAUGGAGGCCAUUAUUCUCUGAGUUCUUGAUGCCUCCAUUGCCUAUGUCAUCAGCAUAGGCUGAUUAAAUCUCUUGAGUUUGGAGACGAUUUCUCUCUGAAACCUGAAAAUAUGAGCCAUUUCAUACUCAUUUACGCUGAAGUUUUUGGUAACUGGGAACUGACGUCGUAAUAGAACACGUUUUCCUGUUGUUUUCAUCCUCUCUUUUAUUUACCAAUAUCUGAGACCGGCAAGAUUUCUAAUCUCUUCAUUGAAAAAUGCAGGUUUUGUUGAUUGGAGGGUCCACCGGUCCUAUGCUUGAAGCCCUUGAAGUCGUCGGUGAUGGACCUGAUGGCUCACAUGAGGAUGUGAGUUUGAUCUCGAGAUGCCUCUCUCUCUCUCUCUCUCUCUCUUCAUUAUUCUUCUUUAAUGCGGAAAACUUUUCUUUUUUCCUGAGUAAUCUAAGUGAUCGACGCAAGUAGGAUAUAAAUAGUAAAAUCAAGACCCUGCUCAAUCGGCGAGCUCUUUAGAGUUUACAUUAUCAGGCUUUGACUGUAGAUCUUAAACCCAGAGCUUCAGCUGAAUCGGUCGUAUGUUUGAGCUCCAGCUGCGUCACUAAGCACCUGUCUAGUUAUGUUGUAUGAGACUCUGUAAAUCUAUCAGGGCUGUGUUGCUUAAUGUACCGUUGACUUUUUUGUCCCAGACCUUCGAGGGGAAUAACGGCUACAUUGCUCCUACAUAUGAAGAAGGCUCCUCCUCUGGAAGCAGACUGAAGAUGAGGCUCAAAGAAUUCACGUAUUGGAGAUUGAAAUUCAUGUUUUUUUUAUUAGGAUUCAGAUUAUUUAUUGCCCUUUUAACUCCGCGUGGUCUGCAAUCUUCUCCUGCAGUAGGCCGUCCUUCACUGCGUUGGAUAAGAACUACCUCACUCCGUUCUUCACCACCCAAAACGACGACGAAGAAGAAGCAGGUGAGAUGAUCUCCUUUGCUUGCCGUUUGAUUGCCAUUCAAGUUCUUAUUAACGGCCCAGACCUUGACUAGUUUGGAAAGUAUACCAACCUCCUUUUAUAAGGUUUUCCCAAGGAUCAUCAUCUUCAUUCAAUCACUCAUUCUGCCACCAGUUGCCACAAGCUUACUGCAGUUCGAUUCUCUCUCAUCAACAUCCCCCACCAAAAAAUAAAGAAGAAGAAAGGCGAUAAAUUAUGUUAUGAUACAUUAAAUUCUGUCAUCUUUCUUAUAUAAGAUUUUCUUAAACAUCAUGAUUAUAGGUUACCAUAAAAACAUCAUUCAAUCACCCAUUCUACACUCUCAACGGCCACUCAGAACACCAUACAUUGUCAGUAAUCACCCACAAUAAUUGGUUUCUCUCUCUUGAAUUCUACCAGAAGCCUACUGCAGUUGGUUUCUCUCUCAUCAGCACCCCCCCACCAAAAAACUAAGAAAAAAAAACCUUCGGUGGAGGCGAUAAAUUAUGUUAUUAUACAUUAAAUUCCGUCAUCUUUCUUAUAUAAGAUUUUCCUAAGAACAUUAUUCAAUCGCCCAUUCUACACUCUCAACGGCCACUCAGAACACCAUACAUUGGUUUCUCUCUCUUGAAUUCUUCUCUUCCCCCAUCAAAUAAAAACAUCCCUCCGCCCCUCUGUGAUGGAGAUGAAUAAUAUUUUUGUUAUUUAAAUUAUCCGGCUUUCUCAUGUAAGGCUUCCCUCACUAUCCAUCUGUUUCUCUCUCAUCACCCCUCCUCCCCCCCAAAAAAGGAAAAAAAAAAAGAAAAGAAGAAGAAAAUAAAAUAACUAAAAGAAGAAAAAGAAGAAAAAUCCCUCAUUGAAGGUGAUGAAUUGCACUGCUAUACGUAAGAUUCUAUCAUCUUUCUCCUGUUAGGUUUUCCAUAUCUGUUAUUUGAUCUUAUAUUGCAACCCUCUGACGUUGCUUCUCUCAUUAUUUUGUGCCAGAUGAACCGCCGCCAAGCUCACAAAGAGGCCGUCGGUAG